GAUGCAUGCAUGCGGAUACGGAAUAGCAGGUCAUGUAAGUAGUUCACUGAUUCAGUGUUACUCGAAUACCAGUACUCACGUGCAAUAAAGAGGGAAAUAUCCUGCGGAUGUGAGAUUGUCUUAAACAGCUUUUUGAAAGCGAAAUAAAGUUAAAAGAAGAUUAUCAUCAUUUAGCAGUAGACUCCGAAAAUAAAUUUCAGACCAUACCAUGGAUGAGGAAAGAAAAUAUAGUUUUCAGACUGGAGAAAGGAACACAUUCGUGGUGGUGGAUUAUGUCUUGUUCGGCCUCCUUCUCUGUGUGUCUGCUGGCAUUGGUAUGUUUUACGCCAUCAAAGACAGAAGAAAACAGACCAUUAAAGAUUUCUUGUUGGCGGGAGGGAACAUGAGCGCCAUCCCUGUGGCCCUGUCCCUCCUGGCUAGCUUCAUGUCAGCCAUUACGUUGCUAGGGACGCCGUCGGAGAUGUACACUUAUACGACCAUGUACUGGUGGAUUGGACUGGGCUACUUCUUCACCAUCGGAGCAGCCGCUCAUAUUUAUAUACCGAUCUUCUACAGGCUAAGGGUCACCAGUGUAUACCAGAUGCAGAACAACUUAAAUAGUGAAAAAAAAGACGACCUGACGUCUGCUCAUCAAAAUUUGCGGUGGCCAUUUUUGAAAAGUGACUAAUUCACAAAAAGAGACAGGACGGAGUUGUUCAAAAUAAGAAUAUUAUAUUCUAUUUCUAGGGGUCGCUCCAAGGUAGAUUACUCUUAUACUUUGGUAAUGUUAGAAAACGCCAGGACACUUUCGCCGGUAAUGCUGUAUUUGGUACCUUGGUUUGUUUAACAAAAUGCUUGGUAAUAAUUGAAUGCCAGCUACUCAGUUAGUUGGGAAACUCAUUAUCAUGGUUUUAUGUAUCGUUCACACGAAUGCUGAACAAAUUACAUUUCUUUAAAGUACAUUGUAUAAACAAUAAAGUACUAUUCAUCCCAAUCGUGACGGCGUUGCCCCAAGACGACCGCAUUUUUAUUUAGCAUAAUUUUGUUUGAGUAGUAAGCUUCCCUUAGCUCAUUUCAACUGGUGCAUUAAAGAUCGUAGAUAAUUUA